AUCCAGUUGGACAGGCUGCCGCUUCGAUGCAAACGUCUGGAUUGGUACAGCGAGGUCGAGAUACGGUGCCCCUAUCACCCGCCGGCACAGACAUGUCGGGAACCACCACCGAUGAAUAUCUUGAUGGGCCUGAGCUGCUUUUGGUCCGAGGGCGUCCUGCUAGCAGGAGCAUUGACUUGGGUGUCGCUAAUGUUGCGAUCAAUACGGCGAUAAUGCCUGAUCAAUUCUCCCCGACAAACCAACAAAUCAUGCCAUUGCGUGAUACACAGUAUCAGACAUCGGAUCUUGAACAUGCAAGCCAUACUUUCCAGCACCAAGAAUCCCCGUCUGAGCCUCAAGUACAAGGAGAGGUGUAUCAAUUUGACCCGACUUUGACUGGCUUGCAGCCUCAUGACCUCUUGAUGGAUCAGCCGCUCACUCCUGCAAGACAACUCGAUUUUAGGCUCUAUGACUUUGACUGGGACUCUUUUGCACCGUGGGGAAUAGAUUGGCUGGGUCUUGAUCAGGACUCCUCACUGACCCAGUCGGCGCUUCCACAACCAGAUCCUACAUGGCAAUCAGCUAACUCACCCGCUCUGCUUAGUCUUCAACCAGCUCAACAGCUCCCAGUGGCAGAAGGGCCGUCGACAAUUCCUCUUUCCUCAGUAAAUGGCCUUUCUCCACCUACUCCAGUAGAUCAACGGUCGAACAUGUCCUCAUACCCUGGGAGGAGAAUCGUUCAAAGCCCGUCGACCACAGCGCCGAAUCUCCUCGAAAGUGUCGGCGCCGUUCUCUCCAAGACGAGGCUACCGUCAGAUAUUAGCACCCCGCAACAUGGUGCCGCAGUACGGCAUCUUGAAAAACUGGUCAAUAUCUAUUUCGCAGAGUUUCACCCUAACUUGCCGGUCAUGCACAAGCCAACAUGGGACAUCUCAAAGUCCCCUACGUACCUUAUUGCAGCAUUAGCCUGUCUGGGGUCUACGAGUUACCACAAGAAGAGAGGACUAGAUGAAGAAACAAGCCUCCUAGCUGAGAUAUGUUUGCGACAUUUGAAUAAAGCUUAUCGCCUCGGACCUGACAGCUAUCAGAACAUCGAUUUCGUGACGGCAUCCAUGCUGCAUCAAGUAUAUGGUUUAGGUGUCGGGCUACCGUCAAUUCAUGAGAGCGCCGACAACUUCCGUGGGAUCCUGGUAUUAAGCCUCCGGAGGACUGGUGUGUAUCGAUCGAGGAACGCUACCGACCCUUGGAAUCUCAGAGUCCCUGACCUUGCGGAACUUGAUCUUGAAGAUAACUCACGACUAGAAGCUGCAUGGCUGCAGUGGCGAACGACCGAAAUGGCAAAGCGACUUGCGUGGUGCCUUUUCGAAUACGACAACAGUCUUUCAUGUUUAACCACCAAGCGAGGUGUGGUUAGCCUACAAGAACUUCCAGACAGGCUGCCUUGCAACGAAUGUCUGUGGGAAGCUCAUUCUACCAGGGCAUGGGCGUCAAUGGCACUGCUCACGGAGAACUCACUCCAUGGUGCCCCUUUUCGGCCUGUGCUGCGUGAUCUUCUGAAUGCCAAACCGAUCGCAGACAAGCUGUCAACUUGGUGGAAACGUUGCUGCGCACAUACCAUAUGCCGACUCCUAUGGGACCUGAAGGAGGUGGACAAUUCAAUCUCAAAUCUUUUUGCACCUGAUUCCCUUACAGAAUCUCAGAAGCCCCUCAGAAGGUCUCUAUUGCAUAGUCUGAAAAUACUGCACGACUCGGCGACUCAGCCAUCUCGGCCUGACGAUCUCGUGCACAUGAACAUUACGUGUCUCAUCAGCCAUCAUGCCACCCUGAACAAUCGACGAGAAAUCAUGGAGAUGGUCAUACACGUGUUUCAGAAUUCAGCCAACUCGAGUGAGAUGGAGCUCGAUAUGGUCAAGACCAGAUUGCAGAUGCUAUUUGCUAGCGAUUCCGUUCAUGCGAGACGACUCACCUACCACGCCGCAUCGAUCAUAGCCAUUUCGCGCGAGUGUACGGUGUACACCCCCUGCGAAACAUUCAGGGUCUUCGACGCAUACGCAUACAUUCUGGCAUUUGUGAAAUUUGGACCCAAAACGCGAAAAGAUGUUGCUUCGAGUGACCGACACGAUACUGCUCAUAACGUCAAACCCGCCAUCACUAAACGCCACCCGCACGAUCCCGUCCACAGCGGUGAUGGCUCCGUCAGGCUUGACCGCUUACCGUGGUCCAGAUCCCACUCCGAGACCAGCGCGGUAGAACUGUGGAUAAGCAAGGGUCAAGCGCGCGCCUCGCUUGACGGUGCCGAUGAUAUUGAAGAUGAGGGGAAUUAUACACAAAUCAAAUGCAGCGCUCUCAGAACGAUCGAAAAGUUGAACCUUUGGGGUCUCUCGCUGAAAUUCUCCAAGACGCUGGAGAGUUUCACUUGAACCAGGGAGUGAGAGAUAUCACAAUUUAGUGGUCUUGCCUUUCCAGUGGUGCAGUUCUGCAUCCAUUCGAGACACAACGAAGACUUCAAAGAAUGUGGGACUAUGCAGAUGUUCCUUGACAACAAUCUCUGCGAGUCCCUGGAUUGGAUACAUAAACCCAAUGUAUGACGAAUCGCUCACACGAGAUGUAACUCCACUCCAGUUGUGCCAGGUGGUUAUCAAGUUGUCAAGGCAGCUGACAGCUUGGAGAGUGGUUGGUCGUCAUAUGCUGGCAGCGAUAACCCUAUUAGCAUUUCGCGUCUGCUGAGAAUUUGUGGCUGGCAUUCGCGUGCCUGUCCAUGUUCAGAACCCUUCCAGGAUCAACAGAGAAAGGCAGAAGAAACUCCGCCGCCACCUGUCAAGCUUCCGUUCUGUCCCAAAGGGACCCAUCGAUCACGCAUCCCUUCCGCCGAAGGAUUACGGUGAGGAAUCUCAUGACAGAGCGAUUACGCUUCGCAACCAGCCUCGCUACUAGCCCGAGAAGCCGCGUUCGCUCCGGGAAGGGUCAUAUGGGUGAUAGAGCCAAGCGACGCGAACAUGCCC